CUUGGUGACGUUUUAAACGAUGUCUGCAGACUGGGAAGAAGUUAAGCGCCUAGCAGCUGAUUUUCAACGUGCCCAAUUAAGUACAACUGUUCAAAGGCUUUCUGAAAGGAACUGUAUAGAAAUUGUAAAGAAGCUUAUUGAAUUGAAGCUGAUUAAUGUUAUAUUUACUAAUGAUGGAAAAGAAUAUUUAACACCUGCUCGUCUUUUAAAAGAAAUCAAAGAUGAACUUAUUGUACAUGGAGGCCGAGUAAAUUUGGUUGACCUUGCUCAAAUCAUAGGAGUUGAUUAUAACCAUGUAGAAGCGAAAGCCAGUGAUUAUGCUAAAAAUGAACCUGAAGUUCGACUUAUUUUGGGACAACUUAUUACAAAUGAAUAUUUGGAUCAUAUUGCCGAAGAGGUAAAUGAAAAAUUACACCAGAUUGGAGAAAUAUCUAUUACAGAAAUAACAAAGCUAUAUGAUUUACCCGGUGACUUCCUAGAAGAGGCUAUACAUGAAAGACUUGGAACAAUAAUCCAAGGUCAUGCUGAUAGUAGUGAUUCCAGAACUAUUUUCACUGAUGCAUAUGUUGCUCAACAUACAGCUAGGAUAAGGGGUGCUUUGUCUGCUUUGACUAGGCCUGUACCCAUUUCUAAUCUAAUCAAUUACUUCAAGUUUCCAGAAAAACUCUUCCAUCGUGUUGCUGAAGAGUUGAUUAAAGAAGGAAGACUUGCUGCUAGCAUUUCAGGUGGAAAAUCUGAGAGAGCUAUUUUUAUACCUGAUAUUUAUGCAAAAUCUCAAAAUGAUUGGAUUGAUGCUUUUUAUGAUCAAAAUGGUUAUUUAGAAUAUGAUUCUUUAUCAAGGCUUGGUAUCCAGGAUGCAAAAAGUUACAUUCGGAAAAAAUAUAAGGAGGAACCAUUGACAUUUUUAAGUACAUGCUGUGUUGGAAAAAAUAUUUUAAAUCAAUUAGAAGCGGCUAUUGAAGAAGUACUUUAUUAUGGAACAUGGGUUGAUGUUAUGGUAAUACUGCCAUCUGGAUUCACUACUGAAGACUGCCAUGGGAUGAUAAGUGCAGUUACAAAGUCAAUGUCUAAGCAAGGCAUUGUUCAUGUCUAUUGUGAUACUAUUGUAGUUAGUGAUGAUUUUAUUAAAAAGGCUGAGGCUACAUUUGCUGCAUUAAUGCCAAGUAAAGCUCAAGAAGAUAUAAUAAAAAAGCCUCAGUUAUUUUCUCCUACGCAACAAAUUAAAAGUUCAGCACCUAAGAAAGAACCACUCAGUAAAGUCAAGCAAGAUAGAAAAGAGGAAAGAAAGAAAAAGAGCUCUUCAGGUAAAAUAUUUGUAUCAUUUUAACACAUCUCCACCCCCAAAUGAAGGAAAAUGCAGUAUGUUUCAGUAGGUAAUCAUUCAAAGAAUCGGUUAUAAUUUGCAAUAUGCUUUGCUAAAAGCAUAGCAUGUGACUUAUUGCAAAAAAAAAAAAAAAAAAAAAAAAAAAAA